AUGGUGCGGCAGAGGGCGUGGUCAGGGCGAGGGUGCCGGCAGCAAGCGAAGGCGCCGACGAUUUCGCGGUUGAUCGGCGGAGGGUUGCUAGAGCCGGCAGGGGAGGGCAGCAACGACGGUGGUUGCUGGAUUUGGGAGGUCGGCUUGGGUCGGCAGAUGAGAGCUAUGGAGGAGACGGCGAGGCUAUGGUGGUUGCUGGAUUUGGGAGGUCUGCUGGGAGUGGGUCGCGGUUGGGGAGACGGCGAGGCGAUGGUGGACGGCAGACGACACUGGUGGUGA